GGCGCUGCUCGUCCGCUGCCGCCGGCACCGCGCGCGAACUCCGGUCCAUGGCACGCAGGGCGGCGGCCCCCGGAGCUGCUCGAGAGUCGCCGGCCGCGCGCGCCGCGCCGCACUUUUAGGGCGGGAGCCGCGAGCCAGUCCCCGGCCGCAGCCUCCGCCGGCCCGGACAGGCAAGAGGGAGUUCCCGGAGCGCCGCGGCCCGCCUCUCCCCAGCGCCCCGCGCCCCGCGCCCGCGAUGAUCUUCCCCAGCGGCAGCGGCCACCCCGGCGCCGCCGGCGGCUGCAGGACGCCCUACCGCAAGCAGCAGUCUCUGGUCCCAGCGCACCCCAUGGCCCCUCCCAGUCCCAGCACCACCAGCAGUAAUAACAACAGUAGCAGCAGUAGCAACUCAGGAUGGGAUCAGCUGAGCAAGACAAACCUCUACAUCCGAGGCCUGCCCCCCAACACCACUGAUCAAGACCUGGUGAAGCUCUGUCAACCAUAUGGGAAAAUCGUCUCCACGAAGGCAAUUUUGGAUAAGACAACCAACAAGUGCAAAGGUUAUGGUUUUGUUGACUUCGACAGUCCUGCAGCAGCCCAGAAAGCUGUGUCUGCCCUGAAGGCUAGUGGAGUCCAAGCUCAGAUGGCAAAGCAACAGGAACAAGAUCCUACCAACCUGUACAUUUCUAACCUGCCACUGUCCAUGGACGAGCAAGAACUUGAAAAUAUGCUCAAACCCUUUGGACAAGUGAUUUCUACAAGGGUCCUGCGUGAUUCCAGUGGUACCAGCCGUGGUGUGGGCUUUGCCAGGAUGGAAUCGACAGAAAAAUGCGAAGCUGUAAUUGGUCAUUUUAAUGGAAAGUUCAUUAAGACCCCACCAGGAGUCUCUGCUCCUACAGAACCGUUACUGUGCAAGUUUGCUGAUGGAGGACAGAAGAAGAGGCAGAACCCAAACAAGUACAUCCCUAAUGGGCGGCCAUGGCACAGAGAAGGAGAGGUGAGACUUGCUGGAAUGACACUCACGUAUGACCCGACCACAGCUGCUCUACAUAACGGAUUUUACCCUUCACCAUACAGUAUUGCCACAAACCGAAUGAUCAGUCAAACUUCUCUUACACCCUAUAUUGCGUCUCCCGUGUCGGCCUACCAGGUGGCAAAGGAAACCAGAGAAAACAAGUAUCGGGGCUCUGCUACCAAGGUGCAAAGUCCUUCUUGGAUGCAACCUCAACCAUACAUCCUACAGCAUCCUAGUGCCGUGUUAACUCCCUCAAUGGAACACACCAUGUCACUACAGCCUGCCUCUAUGAUCAGCCCUCUGGCCCAGCAAAUGAGUCAUCUGUCGCUAGGCAGCACCGGAACAUACAUGCCUGCCACGUCAGCCAUGCAAGGAGCCUACUUGCCACAGUAUACACACAUGCAGACAGCAGCGGUUCCCGUUGAGGAAGCAAGUGGCCAGCAGCAGGUGACUGUGGAGACAUCUAAUGACCAUUCUCCAUAUACCUUUCAACCCAAUAAGUAACUGUGAGAUGGACCAAAGGGUGUUCUUACAUGAAGAAGGGUGUGAAGGCUGAACAAUCAUGGAUUUUUCUGAUCAAUUGUGCUUUAGGAAAUUAUUGACAGUUUUGCACAGGUUCUUGAAAACGUUAUUUAUAAUGAAAUCAACUAAAACUAUUUUUGCUAUAAGUUCUAUAAGGUGCAUAAAACCCUUAAAUUCAUCUAGUAGCUGUUCCCCUGAACAGGUUUAUUUUAGUAAAAAACAAAAACAACAAAAAAACACAAAAAAAAACAAAGAUUUUUAUCAAAUAUAACGAUGCAAAAAAGAAAAAAAAAAAGGAGAGAAAAAGAAAACUUCAAUUUUCUGGGUAUGCACAAAGACCACGAAGACUUAUCCAAGUGCAUGACCGGAUUUUUGCGGUUUUGUUCAUUUUCUGUUUAAUACGUUUUUUUUUUCAGCUGUAUGAAAUGGGCUUUCUGAAGUUUCCACUGUCCGACGUCACCCAUGGUGUCUGUGCUUGCCGUGAGAGUGCCGCUCUAAGCCAGUGUGGCCACCCUCGAUGUCUUUUCUUAGCUUUUCAUUUUUCUUUCGACGUAGUGUGAAGUGUCUUAUCCUUUUCUAUGAAUUCCAAUUUGCCUUAACUCUUUUGAUGCUGUAGCUGUUUCAGUAAAGUUAGUUCAAACUAAUGAUGUAGAAUGCUUUGACCAAAUGGGCUGGUCUAGUACGCCUUGUAAAACAGCAGCGUAGGGCUUUUAAAAAAAGGUAGUCAAUAAAAGUUGCUGAAAUUUUGGCUUUUUUAAAAUAUGUAGUAGGUGUUUUUAAUGAUUUUUUUCACGUAACGUGUAAGGUAGUAAAGUGCAAGAAGGGAGAACUGUUUUGUGUGAAACACAUUUUCUGACUGGGGGACUUUUAAUAGGGUAAAUCGUUUGUAAGGCCGUACCCCGACAGUUUCCUCUGAUAGUUUGACCAAUUUAGGAUAUCUGCUGUAUGAUGCAAUGUAAAGUCCUUUUUGCCUUUUUUCAGGAA